AUGUUGGCGCUUGCACGUACCAGUAUGUCACUGGGCGAGGUGCUUAUCCGCGAUGCUUACAUUGUUUCCAAUAUUCCAUUAUCUAGGGUAUUCUUCUGCAGCGCUUUCUUUAGAAUGGAAGGAGGAAAGUUGGAAAUCGACGAACACGAUGAGACAACACAGGCUGCCGUCACCUCCAUCGUUACCCAUGCUAACCUGCCACAAUCACUUUUCCUUCCCUUUCAAAUGAUGGAGAGUCUUUUAGAAAAAUUAAAACUUUUGGAUUAUGAGCAAUUCUACUGUUCUCGUAAUCGGAUCAAGGGGUUUUCAAAGCUUUAUUUCGUUAUUCCCACAAAUCCGGGCGAACAAUUCAAUGCCUUCGUAGGCCUGGCUACAUGGCUCAUCAACGAAGCCGGAUUUUUAAUGGAAAUUCCACAGGAAUACGAUGAUCCUAAUGCCACAAUCGCAAACAUCCUUGAUUCUCUUCGAUCAUUGGUGGGACAGGCACCCGAGUUUCCGCCUUCAAAGCUAAAAUCUGGUUGUGGGGACUAUUGCAUACAUGUGCUCGAUUUGUUGGCCGACGUGGCUAUAAAGCAUAAAUGCACUGUUUUCGAACUACCACGGCUGGAUGAAAGAGAUGAUACGGAAGGUGGUGCUUCUAUAAUUGAGAAUGCAACAUUCUCAGCAUCGGAGGAAGGUGACUUGGUGGAGUGGACAGGAAAUAAGGUCUGCGUAGAUGGAACUAGGUCUGAAAUACGACCCGGCAUCAUAUGCGAUUCAGAAAUGGACGUAGACUCCGACAACGAUGAAAACGAUUUACCGGCGGCGAGUGCAGAGCGUAAGAUUGAAAAUGCAGUAAAAGUAUAA